AUGGGCCAAAAAGAUGUAGACAACUCGUGUAUGGACUCCGUCUGCACUGACGAAGGUAUCUCGAGUGGUCAUCUUACAACUCCACCAACAGAUCUCGAAGAAGACGGCUUAACCCCAGAGCAGUUGGAACAGAUAUGGAGCUGGAAUACACCAGUUCCCCCUACCUUGGAAAUCUGCAUGCAUGAAUUGGUGGAAAAGCAGGCAAAAGAAGACCCUAGCCGACCAGCGGUUAACUCAUGGGAUGGUGCAUUCACAUACCAAGAUGUUAGCUCGAAAUCAGACCAGUUAGCAGCUCAUCUCGUAUCAGUAGGUGUCAAGAUAGGAUCGAUUGUGCCGUUAUGUUUUGAGAAAUCGAAAUGGACUGUCGUAGCUGUUCUUGCCGUCAUGAAAUCAGGCGCGACAUUUGCGCUUAUGGAUCCGAGCCAGCCCGAAGGCAGACUACGCACCAUCGUCGAGCAAACGGGUGCUUCUACUAUCAUAACGUCCAAGCUACAAGAGAGCCUCGGCCAUCGCAUUGCACCAAGCGCAACUCAUAUUACCCUCUCUAGCGAACAGUUUAGCAGCUAUAACACAUCUCCGAGUUUACCCUCUGUGCCAGCGAGCGCGAAUCUUUACAUACAAUUCACGUCGGGCAGCACGGGCAAGCCGAAAGGGGUUAUUAUAACGCACGAAAACUAUUCUAGCGGCGCGAUACCACGCGCGGAAAUAGUCGGAUAUCGCGCACAUUCGCGAGUCCUUGAUUUUGCGUCGUACGCUUUUGACGUCUGCAUCGAUUGCAUGCUAUGCACAUUAUCGGUGGGGGGUUGCCUAUGUAUUCCCUCAGACGCCGAUCGCGUUAACGACCUCAGCGGCGCUAUACGGAAGAUGAAUGUCAACAUGGCUCAUAUGACACCCUCGGUCGCCCGCGUCUUAGACCCCGACGUUAUACCUUCGCUUGAAGUCCUUGGGUUGGGAGGAGAGGCUAUAUCCGCGGGCGACGCAGCCACUUGGAGUCGAAAUACGAAAGUAAUCAAUGCGUACGGCCCUUCAGAGUGUACCGUAGGUUGUGCUGUGAAUGGCGAUGUGGGCGCAGAAAGCCAAAAGGCGCAUGUCAGCAUCGGUAGGGGAGUUGGGGGAACACUGUGGAUUGUCGAUCCUUCUAAUCACCACCGACUCAUGCCCAUAGGUGCAGUUGGCGAGCUUCUAGUUGAAGGCCCUAUAGUAGGACCAGGCUACUUGAACGAUGCUGAGAGAACAGAUAUUGCCUUUAUUAACGACCCGAAGUGGCUUCUAGCUGGGAGCUCACAGCAUGCAGGCCGUAGUGGACGACUAUACAAGACCGGUGACUUAGUAAGAUACGAUCCGGACGGGACGAUCAUUUUCGUUGGUCGAGGCGACCAGCAGGUGAAACUACGUGGGCAACGGAUCGAACUGGCCGAGAUCGAGUAUAAUAUGCGAGACAAACUACCACCGGGUACUCGUGUAGCUGCCGAGGUCAUCAGGCCUGGUGGACCUGCUGGCGAACCGACAUUAGUUGCAUUCAUAGCAGAGCGAGCAGGUCUCGUGCCUGAAUCUGAACAUCUUCUGGGAUCAUUAUCGCCCCAGGUGGCAGACUCUCUCACGGGGAUGAACAAGGCCAUAUCAGAACACCUACCGAUAUAUAUGGUGCCGGCGGCAUAUAUUCCUCUACAGACCAUGCCCUUAUUAGUUUCGGCGAAGACAGAUCGUAAACGCCUUCGAGAAUUGGGGCAUACGCUUAGUAGGAAAGACAUCGCCGGAUUCGCCGCAGCGACGGUCCCUAGAAAAGAACCGUCAACUCCAAUGGAAAAGAAACUUGCACAGUUAUGGGGUCAAGUUCUUGGACAGGACGUCGAUAUUGGCGCUCAUGAUAACUUCUUCAAUUUGGGAGGUGAUUCUCUUCGCGCGAUGAAGCUGGUCGCUCAAGCGCGAAUACAAGACACCGCGCUUACAGUCGCUGACAUAUUCGCCAACCCUGUGCUCUCAGAUAUGGCUCUAGUUGCAAGGGCCGCAUCCAGCGAAACCAUGGUUGAGAUUCCGCCGUUCUCCCUUCUUAGUAGUAAAUGGUCAGAGGAUUCAGCGCGACAAGACUGCGCUGCUAUCUGCGACGUCGACCCCUCAAAGAUUGAAGAUAUCUACCCCUGCACGCCUCUUCAAGAAGGACUCAUGGCGCUGUCCGCUAAGGUCAGCGAAGCCUAUGUCGCACAGCGCGUGGUCGAACUUGAAGACGAGACGGCAGCGCGGAAUCUCGCGAGGGCUUUCGAGCUAGCUUCUGCAGAUUGCGCGAUUCUCCGGACGAGGAUAGUCCAAAUUACAAGCCAAGGAUUGAUGCAAGUAGUCGUUAAAGAUGACUUUGACUGCAAGUGGUUAUCCGGGGAGAGUCUUAACGAUUAUCUAGUUCAAGAUAGAAGCGAACCGAUUCAACUCGGCAAGCCUCUAGUUAGAUACGGCGUAGUUGUUAACGAGAAGUCUACAGGAAAGUCGCAUUUUAUCUUGACAAUGCAUCACGCUCUCUACGAUGGAUGGUCGAUGCCUCUAGUAGUCGAACGAGUUAAUCGAGCAUACGACGGCCUCCCAACAAAACGACCAGCUGAGUUUAAACACUUCAUUAGCUACCUUACCAAUAUGGACCGUAAUGAAUCCGAGUCUUACUGGCGAGAACGACUGGAUGGCGCUAAUGAUGAACAAUUCCCCUCCCUCCCCUAUUUGGGUUAUCAACAACAAGCCGAUUCUCUUUUAGAACACUACGUGCAUACCAGCAAGCCCAAUACUGGGAUAACCAUUGCCACGGUUAUCCGCGGUGCUUGGGCGCUUUUGGUCUCAACUUAUACCUCGACCGACGACGUAGUGUUCGGAGAGACGCUUACUGGGCGCAACGCUCCUAUUGCAGGUGUGGAACAGAUCGAAGGACCUAUGAUCGCUACGAUACCAGUUCGAGUAGCAGUUAACCAUGAUAUGACCGUGAGAGAAUAUCUACAGGAAAUCCAUGACCAAUCAGUCCUUGGAAUCCCCCACGAGCACUUUGGCCUGCAACACAUCAGACGUCUAAGUCCGGAUGCGCGGGAGGCCUGCGAGCUGAGAACCGGCUUGGUAUUGCACCCCAGCGCAGAUGCCGACGAAACCGCCCACAGCGAAAAGCAACCGGCGGAUGGCUUUGUUCCUGCUGGCGAUGAUGAGGCGGCACAGGAAGCGCUCAAGUUUAACACAUACGCCCUGAUGCUAGUAUGUUCCUUAGACCCACGGGGAUUUUUGGUCAUGGCAAGCUUCGACUCGAAAACAGUAACGAGUCCGCAGAUGGAGCGAAUGCUACGUCAGCUUGAAAAGAUCACGCAACAGCUCGUCGAGAACCCAGAUGCUAGAUGUAGCCAGCUUCAGAUACUAGCCGAGGAAGAUAUAUCUGAGCUCGCUCGCUUGAGUCAGGCUGGCGCAAAAGGUCCAGCUAUUACUGCUUUACUUCCUACUGGUUGUGAGGCAUCUGAGACAUGGGUCGUCGACACUGUUGAUCCGGGGCGAUUACUCCCUCUAGGUGCUGUUGGGGAACUCUUAAUACGGUGCUCAGGCGAACCUAGCCUCGACUUGACGCCGUCUCCCCAGUGGGCUGACCAGAAUAAGACCGGUCGGUUUUACAGGACUCAUAAAUUCGCGAAGUACGAUGUGAAUGGCGAUAUCGCCUUCGUCGAACGGACGAGUUCUACUAGAAUAUUCUCUACUGGCCCAAGAGAAAAGCAUGUGUCAGCCACCUCGGCGAAGCAGAAGAGUCUUCGACAGGCUUGGAGUCAAAUAUUAGCAAUCGAUGAAGAUGAAAUUGGUUUGAAUGACAGCUUCUUCCAGCUUGGCGGCGAUUCUAUCGGGGCUAUGAAACUUGUGUCGGAGCUCCGAGUUAGGGGGAUGGAAUUAACGGUACCCGAGAUUUUUAAACAUAGGACGUUGUACGAUAUGGCGAAGAUCUUGAGGGAAGGAAAACAAGUGACCGCCGAGUCUAUCGAGCCGCCACCGUCUCCGUUUUCAUUGCUUGAUGUCCCAGAUGUAGAAAGCUUCAUCACCGAAACGGUCAGGCCACAGCUUGUCCAAGGCGAUCAUGCAAUCAAGGAUAUCCUUCCGGCACGCCCGCUCCAGCAAGUUGCGGUAAGGGGCACAACCCAACUUCCUCGAUUUUCCGCUCGCUACGAAUUAUUCCAUUUUGACGGUCACCUCGAUAAGGGAAGACUUUUCAAAAGCUGUCGGGAACUCGUCGCUCGCAACGAAAUUCUGCGGACAGUUUUCGUAGAGAGCGGCGAGGAGUGUUUCGGCGUCGUUCUUGAAGCACUUGAUAUUACAAUCGACCAAUACGAGAUCGAAGGGGACCUAGACUCGUUUGCACAUAAGUUAUGCGACGUCGACGUUCAAACCAAGAUGCCCCUGGGCUCUGCCUUCGUGAAGUUCAUGUUCGUCCAAGGCGAUGCUAAUAAGAGCUGCCUCAUCUUCCGCAUCUCCCACGCACAGUACGACGAAGUCUGUCUCCCUGGCCUUAUACACCAGCUCGGCGCUCUAUACGACGGCAAGGCCACGAUAGACUCCGUUCCGUUCUCUUCCUUCGUGUACCACGUCGUGAAUAAGGGCAUCCCGCGAAGCAUCCCCUACUGGCGAGACCUACUACAAGACAGCUCGCUCACCAUCCUCCGUCCGGAUUUACCCCUAACAUCUAAAACCCCUGCUGCAAUCAGCCGGACAGUCGAUAUCUCCGCACGGCUAAGGGACAUCACGGUGGCGACGCUACCGACAGCCGCGUGGGCCCUGUGCCUCGCGCGACGGCUCGCACGGAGAGACGUCGUAUUCGGCGAGGUCGUCAGCGGCCGGAAUACGGAUCUGCCGCAUGCGGACACCGUCGCGGGACCGACGUGGCAAUACGUACCGGUGCGGGUACGCUUCGAGGAAGACUGGAAAGUCGCCGACCUGCUACGAUACGUGCAACAUCAGCACGUCGCCAGCGCGCUGCACGAGUGCAUGGGUCUAACGGAGAUUAUGCGCGAGUGCGGACCGCUCCCAGGCUGGCCAGAAGGCGCCGAUUGGUUCGACUCGGUGGUGCACCAAGACGUAGUCCACGUCGAGGAGCUGAAGUUUGGAUUUGGGGGCGACCAGGACGGGGGCUUAGGGGCGACGUGCCGUUUUGAGACGGUAUACCCGCACCUCGAGCCGUUGCGCGAGUGGAAAGUACAGGCGUUCGUCGAUGGGGAUAGUCUGACGCUGGAGCUCGUUACAUUCCAGGAUUGGAUAGGCGUUGCCGCGGAGUUGCUGGACGAGUUAGAGGAGAUAAUGGGGAUGUUAGUGAGGAAGCCAGAUGGACAACUCUUCUGA